CGAGGACGCGCUGCCCUCGCGGAGCCGCCCCCCGAUGAAGACGUACGAGGCUCGGAGCCGCAUCGGCCUCAAGCUGAAGAUCAAGCAGGAAGCCGGGCUGAGCAAAGUGAUCCACAACACGGCGCUGGAUCCACCCGGGAUCCCGCCGGGGAUCGUCUCGCAGCUCAACGGAUCCCUGGAGAAGAAAACGACGCUUCCUCCUCCUCCUCCUCCUCCUCCUCCUCCGGCCGCGCCGUGCCGGCUCCCGCUGCGGAAAUCCUACCGGGAAAACCGGGAGAGCCGCGUGGUGAUCGCGGCGCUGCGCCGGGAUCCGGGAUCCACCGGCGGGAUCCGCCCCGGCAAGGGACCCCCGGAGGAGGCGUCGGACGGCGAGGAGGAGGAGGAGGAGGAAGGAGCGGGGCUGGAGCCGCCGUGGGGCGGGAAGCGGCGGCGAGCGGAGCCGCUGGAAGUGGACAACGCUUCCUUCUCCAGCGACAGCCCCCAGGACGAUUCCCUGAGCGAGCACCUGCAGAGCGCCAUCGACAGCAUCCUCAACCUGCAGCAACCCCGCGGGAUCCCGGCCCCGGCCCCGGGAUCCUCCUCGGGAUCGUCGGGAUCAUCCUCGGGAUCCGCAGCGGGAUCGCCUUUCCCGGGAGCGCCCCGGCGCUCCGAGCCCCUCCUGCCCCCGCCCAGCCACAACGGCGGCCUGGGAGCCGCCCGGACGUGCACGAGAUGACCCCGGGAGACCGGGAAAAAGCGGGAAAAAGCGGGAAAAAGCGGGAUUGGGAAAGGCCGGGACACCGGGAAAGGCUGGGACAAGCCGGGAUUGGGAAAGGCCGGGACACGCCGGGACACCGGGAAAGGCUGGGACACCGGGAAAAGCCGGGAUUGGGAAAAGCCGGGACACGCCGGGAUCGAGAAACGCCGGGAAAAUCCGGGAAAGGCCGGGAAAAUCCGGGAAAGGCCGGGAAAAUCCGGGAUCGAGAAGCA